AUGUUUAUAAAAGAAAUAGAGCAUCCUGAAAGUGCUAGUCCAGUGCGCCAGGACUCGGGCAAUAAUAUACCGGACACGCGUCCGCUUCAAGUUCAACCAAGUACGUCGAGUCCAGAAACAGACUGUGCCCCAUCCUCAAAAUCACGAACAAAGGCCAUAUGUGGUGUCUGCGCAACCAGAGAGUCCCAAUAUAAGUGCGCCCGAUGUUAUUUACCCUAUUGUUCACUGGCGUGCUCUACUGUUCAUAAAGAGAGUCACCCACCACUCUCGCCCCGAAAUCCACAAAUAGAGAAGCUAUAUGGAGACACCAAUUCGAUUCUGGAAUCACAGCAUAGUCACAUUCAGGACUCCACUCAACCUGAUGAGCCCUUCGCGUCGCUAGGCUCUUCUGAGGAUCUACAAAUACUUUUCAAAAACUACCCAAACUUACCAAACGUUCUAGAAAGGAUUCACGAAGCAACCUUACCGCCAACCAGCCAAUUAAAUCCUUCCAAUCUCUCAGAACGAGUGAUCAAGGGCAAGAAAGAACCUCCAUGGACUAAUGAUAUCGGUCUACAGAAGGGUGUUUCGGCUUUACACGCAGCCAAGGUUAUGGGUGAUCGAGAUGGUGAAGGGGUUCGUGCCUACUCGCAACUAGUCAUGAGUAUCGUCAAUGGAGAUACAACAGAAAAUACAGUCGAACGAAUUCGUCAAGAGUUAGCUGAACAAGACACAAGACUAAUAGAAAGGCUCCUCAAUAAGAACAUGUAA